UCAAGUGAGUGAGGCAGUUUCUAUUGCAGUUAUUGCAAUUCAAAAACGUGCAAAAUUCUUGUAUAGGUAUCUCGAAUGCUCUUCACCAAAGGUUAGGAAUGAAACUGUUACCAUACGAGCUACUUUGGAGGCUCUUGGAACAAACUCAACUCUUCUCGUGGAACUAGACAACAUCACGAGAUAUUGGUACGGAGAAGCCGAUGCAAGAAAUAAUCUCAACGCAGCAGCGAAUGAAAUAAAUACGCAGUAUCAGGGAAAUCUUGGAAGGACAACCACAAUCCAUUAUGUCUUUGAAACUCCAGGAGUAUACAACAUAACGGCAAUCCUAAAAAAUGAUGUCUCUAGAUCCUCAGUAACCUGUAAAGUUGAAAUUCUUCCCAGGCCCUGUAAAAGACCUGAAGUGAAGUUAAAACAUGUCGGCAGCAGUCAAAUAGAUGCAAGAUAUCUCUUUAAAGCCGAUAACAUCAUUAUUGAGGCUGAUGUUGACAUCUUCUGUCCCGAGUCUGAAGAAACCCAGUACAAAUGGAAGAUCUUUGAAUACAAUCAAGAGGCUAGAAGCUUUGUGCCAUUUACUGAUGUAGAUUCUUACGCAGAGGCUUCCAUGCGAGAAUUGCGGCUCCAAAAGAGGGCUUUGCCAUUAGGAUUAUUCAGACUGAGUUUGAGCGUGAACAUGAUCGGAGAGGGCCUGGAUGAUUUCUUUGCAGUUGUCGAGGGGUACAUCAAAACAAAGCAAUCUCCUUUGACUGCUGAAAUCAGUGGAGGAAGCGAGAUAAGAAGGACUUCCGGAUCAACGGUAUCUUUAGACGCCUUGGGCUCCCAUGACCCAGACAUUGGACCUGGGGAUCAUUCAGGAAUGCGUUUCUUCUGGCUCUGUAGAAAUAUCUCUGAAAGAUUUCCAGACCUGCUGGAAGAUUUUAUUAAUGGUUUCAAUGGUACUGCAGAAUAUCCGAUUUCAAACCGUUCCUCUAGAUCUUCCGUCAGUUCUGAGCAAGGUUGUUAUCGAAAUGGAGAGUACGUCAUUUCAAAUAGAUCACACCUUAACCUAACGACAGUUCUAAUGGCAACUAAUGAGACAUACAAGAUUGUGCUGGUAGUGAGAAAGGACAGUAGAACUAGUUCAACAAGUCAGUUAUUGGAGUUGAGUGUAGAGGACAUUCCAGAACUCACCAUAAGGUGUGUGGUUAAUUGUCACAAAAAAGUCAACCCGUCGGAAAAGCUUACUGUGUCAUCUGAGUGCUCGGGAAACGCCUGUAACGCUAAACUGACUUACUCUUGGUCUUUGCUGUAUAUGGAAUCUGACGAGGACACAAACUCAACUUGGAAAACCAACAAUUCGCUAAUGAAGUCUCGCCACAUCUCACCACAUGGAAGCUUUCCAAUCAUUGUCAUAAAGAAAAACGUUCUACAAGGAAACAGACGUUACAAACUUACUGUGAAAGGGAAUCUGCCAUCUGGUAGUUAUGGACUUGCUUCUCAUGUUUUUGAAGUCAAUGCUCCUCCGAGGGACGGGACAUGUGACGUUGAGCCUCGUGUCGGUCACGUGCUGACUACGCGGUACAGGCUCUGGUGCACUGGCUGGCAUGAUCCUGAUGGUCCCCUCAAGUAUGAGAUUUACCACGUUCGAGGAAAAGAGGAAUCACCCUUACAAUACGGAGGAAACGCAGCGACAAUCAUUACACUUCCGCUGGGAGACGGAGAUAAUUACACUAUUAAUAUUACAGUUCGUAUCUCCGACAGACUAGGCGCAGCAUCCUCUGUGAGGCUUCAACUUCAGUCUCUUCCUCCACUCCUUAAAGGCGCCCAGCUUAUGAAUCAGUUGUCUGACCUUAUAUUGGAUACCAACCAGGACAUGCUGCGCAAUGCUAUGAGCAUUAGCUCUGUUUUAAACCACCAAGCAGGAAAGGACACUCCCGAGCUUUCAAAACAACGAAAGAAGAUACGCGAGUUGCUUAUAUUUGCAUUGGUAAAGGAAACGACUCCUUCUAAGCAAGCCGUUCAGCUUUUAUCAGCAUCUCUUCAAGAAGCCACUCAAGUAACCAGUGAAGUAUCGUAUGAAGCACAGGAAGCAGUUACCUCAGCGCUGGACAAAAUGGCCACUGUGUUUGAAAGUGAGUCCCUUGAAACAGACUCUAAUUCACUGGAAACAACUGCUGCUGGAAUGACUGGAACUAUCGGAAAUUUGCUUGACGUCGCUUCAGAAAAUGCAGCUGUUCAUCAGCCUAACAGCACGAUUCAGACGUCAUCAGAAAAUGUUGAAGAACCGGCUGACAAUGAAACUGUGCCUUCUAAGAGUGAGGUUUUGGUGAAUAAAUUAUUCAACGUUGUGGAUUCGUUGUCAACAUCAGUUCUUAGAACAAAGGUAUCCUAUGAAGAAGCUACAGAGAUUAUUUCUCCUCGACUAGCUCUAAACCUGAAGAGUACUUCUCCCUCUGACACCGGAGGGAACGUAAACACAGGAUUUGCAAGCUUUAAUGUGCCAAAAGGGAAAGACUUGCUCCGAAAUGCAAGGCCAGGUUUGACAUCUGUGAAUCAAAAGGUAAUGUAUACGCCGAAAAAUUAUCAUACCUACCAUAACUCAUCGAGGGACAUUAGUACCCCAGUUGUCAGCCUUUCGUACGAGGACAAGGAGAAGAAAGAGUUAAUUACAGUUUCCAAUCUAAAAAAAUACAUCGAAUAUUUUUUGCCUGCUCCAGAUGUCCUGCCAGGGCCGAAUACAUACAGCGUCAAUGUCAAAGCGCAAGACACCUGGGCGUAUCACAAGCUAGUAGUUUCCUCCAAAGACGAAGCAGUUAGUAUCGAAGUGACGCCAUUCAACUGCAGUCACAAACUUCAACUUCACGUCCAAGAAAACCGUCAUCCAACCAAGGAUAAAUUUUCGUGGAGAAAGGAAAUCUGGCUGUCUGCUACCGACGUUCCGUCAAACACCUCCUACUCAGCAUGUUUUAAGGAUUAUUCUGAUUACACACUUUUCAUACCGAACGCAAGACUGAAACAGUCUACCUAUUUUGUUGGUGUUUUGUAUUCAAAUGGGAAAGAGGACAUCAGAAGUUCUAACGAGACUGCUGUGAUGAAGUACUCCAUUAGAGUUUACAAAUCAAAAUGCCUCUAUUGGAACCAGCGACAACUGGCAUGGAUGGGCGACGGCUGUUUCGUUGGACCAUUUACAAGUCCAAAGCAAAUUCACUGCAUGACAAAUCAUCUGACAUCAUUUGGAUCUGGAAUGUUCGUGGCACCAAAUCCGAUCGAUUUCAGAAAAGCUUUGGCAGGGUUUGCUGACGCCUUUCAAAGUGGUAAUGUAGUAGUAAUGUUCACCAUCAUUACCUUGUUGAUGCUGUACCUGGUGCUGGCUAUAUGGGCUUGGAGGGUCGACAGGAAAGACGCUAUGCAGAUCGGUGCCACCAUUCUUCCACCCAGUCGACCAAACAGCCAUUACCUGUACGAGGUAUACGUUGUUACAGGAAGCCGUAACGGCUCUGGUACGACAGCACAUGUUGGCUGUGAGAUUUUUGGAGAGGAUGACGACAGUGGCCCUUGCUACCUGCUAGAUGCCAAUAGACCACUUUUUAGAAGAGGGGAUCUAAAUGUCUUUAUUUUAUCCGUGCCGAGUAGUUUUGGGGUCAUUCGAGGAAUCAGGAUUUGGCAUGAUAACGGCGGCUACAGCCCGUCGUGGUUCUUGUGUAGAGCAAUGCUUAGAGACUGUCAGACCGACGAGAAGUGGGUUUUUCUUGCUGGACCUGCAGGCCGCUGGCUGGAUGUAGCAGAGGAGGAUGGGAAAAUAGACAUACUUCUUAAACCGGCAAGUGAACUUGACAUGGUCUCCUUCAAAAAGCUCUUCAACACAAAAAUACGCAAAGGGAUAUGUGACAAUCAUUUGUGGUUUUCGGUGGCAUACCGUCCUCCAAGAAGUCCAUUUACUCGGCUUCAGAGACUUUCUUGUUGUCUCUCUCUUUUGUUCUCUUUCAUGGUCACCACGGCAAUGUUUUAUGGAUCAGGUCCGCUACCAGGGGAUACUUCCUCGUCUGUUCAGUUUGGACCCAUCAAGCUUAACAUGCGCACGGUCAUCAUUGGCAUAGAGAGUGCAUUGAUUGCAAUUCCAGUUAACAUUCUGAUAGUAGCCUUCUUUAGGAACUCCAAAGCAAAGGGGGACAGGAUAAAAGAAAACAAAUGCUGUCACGGAGAAAAUGAUUCUCAAGCGUCUGAGCAAGAAACAGAAACCGAUUCAAUCAACAGUGAUAUGCAUAAUUUAACUUCAAGAAUGGAAAAGAAUAUGGAUCUUGACGAUAUACAAUGCCAUAUCGGUGGUGAGGAUGACUUUCAGUAUGGGAUAAAGGCAGACAAAACUGGUUCUAAAAGAAAGGAGUCAUUUGCUUCGAAUGAAGAGACUGAGAGCAUAGAUGAUGAAUCUCUUCAAAACCCCCAAAAUCCAGGAUUUCUUGGAAAACUGCGUGGAAAGUUCCAAAGCUUAGGAGGACCCUGUUUUCCACACUGGUGCGUCUACGUGGGUUGGGUGUUGUGCAUCUUGACCGUAUCGCUGUCUUCUGUGUUCACAUUAUUUUACAGCAUGAUGUGGGGAAAGGAACAGUCAAACAUGUGGCUUACAACAAUGGCUAUUUCGUUUAUUCAAGAUACGCUUAUCAGUCAGCCAUUAAAAGUUCUUAUUGUAGCUUUGAUCUUUGCCGUCUUCUUUAAGUCAGCUGAUGAUGAUGACCAUUUUGAAGAAUCUCAGUCCGCAGCAGAAGUACCAGACGAAGAGGAUAUACAUCAAGAGCUGACAAAUGAAGAACUGGCCCAGUACGAUCCCCCUCCCAAGAAAAUUCUGAAAAUUUUAAGGAUCAAAGAGAUCCGAAGACGCGAGAUCGUCAAACUUUUCACGGAUAUUUGUUUGUAUGUUAUUUUGUUGGCUAUGGUGAUGAUUCUAAGCUUCCAAUACAGGAACCCAGCCUCGUACAAGAUGAUAAACACUUUGAGGCGGGUGUUUGUAGAUCCUAUGCACAACAGCAGUCGUGUACGUUUUGAACAGGUGAACGGUGUGAGUUCCGUCUGGGACUGGACGAGGCAGACCUUAUUACCAGGAUUAUUCCCGGACCAAAUUUACAAGGGUCUCCUCAGCGAACCAUACAUGGCUGACAGAAUGUCACUGCAGCUGGGUGUAGCGAGAUUGCGUCAAGUUCGUAUUCGGAAAGGCACUUGUACAGUCAACAGAUGGUUUAACGAAACAUUUCCUCAAUGUAACGGAUUUUAUUCAAUGCUGAAAGAAGACACGAAGUCUUAUGAAUCCCACUGGGAGAAUGCAACAGUAAAACCCAAGAAUAAUAACAAGAGGAACUUGUUUUCAUUCUCGUCUGGAAUGUCUGAUCACAGUCAAACCUCUUGGCAGCAUAUGGACAACUUUGCUGCCCAUCAUGCAUUGCCAGUCAUUGGGAAAUUUGCAACUUACAGUGGUGGUGGUUAUGUAAUUAUUCUGAAUCAGAGUACAGACACUUCUCAGGAACAGAUGCACUGGUUGGAUAGUCGCAGCAGGGCCCUCCACGCUGAAUUCGUUGCUUAUAACCCCAGCAUCAACAUGGUUGGAGCCGUAACCAUCACAUUUGAGCUUCCUCCUUUGGGUGGGGUAUUUAAAAGUUUCGAGGUAUUCACUGUUAGCAUGUAUGGUUCUUUGAGGAAACAUCCAGCUGCAAGAAUAAUCGGUGAAGUUAUAGCUGCUGUUGUUCUUAUCUUUAUGAUAUAUCGCGUUGUCCUGGCGAUAUUUCACGACAAGUGUCAAUAUUUCAGAGAUGCAUCCAAAAUUUUGGAUCUUGUUUUCGUACUGACGGGUAUGGUAAUCGUGUUUUUGAAAGUGUUAAAGGAGGGUUUCAAAAUGCGGGCUACUGAUCAGUUCAAAGAGGAUCCAAAACAAUUUCUUGAUUUUCACCAGUGUGGCUUCUACGAUGAGUUGACCGACUAUGCUUUCGCUCUCCUUAAUUUUAUAGCCAUUGUAAGAUUUUCGUUUUUCUUGAAAUUCCUUGGGUGUUUGGAGCACAUAUUAUCUACCAUUGCGAAUUGUUUUUACGAGCUUUUUGCCUGUCUUGUUGUAUUUUUCUGCCUCAUGAUGGCAUUCACGUCUUUGUUUUCCAUUGCUUUCCGCGGAGAGAGUGAUGAUUUUAAGGAUUUCUCCAGCUCAUUGCAAACCUCGAUUUCCUACAUGGCUCGCAUGGUCAGAUCUAAGGAAGCCAUGACGUCACACACAGUUGUACGGGCAGUGGCGUUAUUCUCUUGUUGCGUGACUCUGAUCUUCUUUUACUUGACUGUAAUUCGCUCGGUAUUCAUUGUCGGUUACAGAAAAACGUUAACGGAAGAUCGCGGAAAGGAGAAAGAAAAAUCUUUUGAAUCCGGAAUUUUCGAAGUUUUUAAGGACAAGUUUAGGGAAUUAGCUGGUAUUGAAAAGGAGAAGGAGGUGAUUGUCCAAGAGGAAGAGGAUAUUCAUGAAGUGAGGUUAAACGCUCUCACAAAUUACUUCAACAAAAGUCAGUUUUUUCGACUUCGGCUUCUCCUUAACGAGGUUUACACGGAUGAUUUUGCAGAAGACCUAAGCCUUUUCGAUGUAGUGCCUCUAAAACAGAAGCCUCGACAUUACAUAAGGGAAGAUACUGGCGUCCAGGAAGAUCACAGGUUAAAGAAAGGGGAAACAUUCAAGCCUUCAACUGAAAUCAAACAAGAUCCCAUUUCUGAAAAUAUGCAAAAUAAAAGUGAACGAAAGUCUCAUGUGACAUUUGACCUCCCCGUUGAAGACGACAGAGCCACUACAAGAAACCCAACAUUUAACGAAGAAGGAGAGCUUGGAGGUGAUACUGUCCCAAGAGACAACAAUUCUGAAAUGCCCAACGAAAUAGAGAAGCUGAAUGUACUUGAGAAAUUGGUUGAAGAGAAAAUAAGAGGUUUGCAGAAACGUCAAGAGGACUCUACGCUGCCUUCAGGCUCUGGAUCCGUGGAAAAGGAGAUACAGAUGCUUCUAAGAUUACAACAAAGGAUAGAUGAGGCACGAAUAACUGGACCACCAUCAACGCAACCCUCUCAAGAAAAACUCACAAAAGACUGAACACAAACCAAGUUCUAGUUAUGGUUAAACUAUGUUUCUAGUAACCACGUGGACUUGUAGGAUGCUUGUUAUAAUGGUUAGCUUAUCUGCUGUAAUUUAGCGCAUACAUAUGUUGAAAGUCUUACUAUUAAUAAUCAGUGGUCUUGGGAUUCUAAAUGGGAGUCAUUCUCGAAAAGAAAAAAUUCAGGAAGUCUUUUGAACUCAGACCAACUUGCUAGGUGCUAGGCACCGCGACAACGAAUAACCACAAUGCUCUAGUGAGCUUGCAGCUUGAUUCAGUGCAAGUCGCUUACAAACUUAAAUUCAAAAAAUUAAAACAUAAAACGAUGUAAAUAAGCUCGCUGGCUAGCCCCUUCAGAUAAGUAAAGAUCAUGGAAAUUAAAGUCAUGGUAAAAGUCCGGCUAUGUCGCUUCCUAUAUUUCCCCCUAUGAGGAUAAUUUCCAUGGU